CCUCAUGUGGUGGUUGCGCACUUGGAGAGGUCGGAGAGGAGUCGUCAGCUCCAGCUUCCCUCCGUCAAAAUCUGACUCCUCUUGGUUUUCCGCAACUCUCCCCCGCACACAUUUUAGUGUGAGGUACUCAUUUUUAGCUCUCCGUGUAGUUUGUGUUUUUCAGACUUUCCUUCCACUUGAGGUCUGACGCCUUAAUUUGCGAUUAUCCUGACUGCGCGACUGUGCGUACUGUGAGUCGACGGAGAAGAAGCACCUCCUCCCGCUCCAGUCCAGCGGCGAUCGAACGAUAUUCGCGAUCAGCAUGACACACUUUUCAGGAUUUGUGAGUUGAUGUUGUUUUCCUGGUAAGGCUGCAAAUGCUCUAUUUCUUGACUGAGAUGCUCCCCUGAGUUAAAGUUCACAUCUUGACGAAGGCUUUCCUGAGAAUUACUCACCCGACAGCACACUAUGGCUUCCAACAUAAUUGUGGAGCAGCAGUUUUCUCACAAAUUCACAGUGACGGUUGUUCGAGCCGAGAACGUCACCAAGGGAGCGCUGGGUGACCUGUUGGACACCCCGGAUCCAUAUGUGGAGUUGUUCAUCCCAACGGCCCCCGAGAGCAGAAAGCGGACCAAGCACAUAGACAACGACAUCAACCCAAAAUGGAACGAAACCUUUAACUUCAUAUUGGACCCCAACCAGCAGAAUGUCCUGGAGAUAACAUUAAUGGACGCCAAUUACGUGAUGGAUGAGACACUUGGAACGGCGUCCUAUGACAUCACCAAGCUCAGCGUAGGCCAGACAAAGACAGAGUCUUUUCUCAUUGGCAAAGCAACCAAAGUGUACUUAGAGAUGUCGCUCGAGAUCUGUACCAACCUGGACCUGCGGUUCAGCCUGGCCCUGUGUGACAAAGAGAAGCAAUUCAGACAGACCCGCCGAGAGAGAGUGAUGCUGGGCAUCAAAAAGCUGCUGGACAUGGAGAAACCUCGUUUCCUUCCCAGCUCUCCAGAGGAGGUACCGGUUAUCGCCAUAGCGGGCUCAGGAGGUGGUUUCCGUGCUAUGGUCGGCUUCUCAGGUGUGAUGAAAGCCUUGUUUGAGUCUGGGGUCCUGGAUUGUGCCACAUACAUCGCCGGCCUUUCCGGAUCCACUUGGUACAUGUCCACUCUAUACUCACACCCUGACUUUCCAAGUAAGGGCCCAAAGGACAUCAACAAAGAGCUGAUGAACAGAGUUAGCAGUAACCCACUGAGGCUGCUGCUGCCCCAACACAUCACUAACUACAUCCAUGCCCUCUGGAGCAAAAAGGCCACAGGGCAGCCUGUUACGUUUACCGAUGUUUUCGGUAUGCUUAUAGGAGAAACGCUUAUACCUGCGAGGAUGGACAUCAAGCUAAGUAGCAUCCAGGAGAAAAUAAACCAGGCCCAGAGUCCUCUUCCUCUCUUCACAUGUCUGCAUGUCAAGCCAGAUGUUUCUGAGCUCAUGUUUGCUGACUGGGUGGAGUUCAGCCCAUAUGAAAUUGGGAUGGCAAAAUAUGGUACCUUUAUGACCCCCGACUUGUUUGGAAGCAAGUUCUUCAUGGGAACUGUUGUAAAGAAAUAUGAGGAAAACCCUCUUCAUUUUCUGAUGGGUGUAUGGGGCAGCGCCUUCUCCAUCUUGUUCAACAGAGUGCUGGGAGUCAAAGACACGGCUGGUGGCAGCACUAUGGAGGAAGAGUUAGAGCAGAUCAAACCACAGCACAUCGUUGGAGAAGACAGUCUGGAUAAUGACGACGAGCCACGUAAAGGUGGGACGGAGAACCAAGAGGCAGAAGACGAGUACCAUCGCACAGCUCAGGCUAGUUGGGUGCAGCGAAUGUUUACGUCGCUCUUCAGUGACUCUGCUUUAUUCAACACAAGGGAGGGCCGGGCCGGGAAGGUUCAUAAUUUCAUGUUGGGCCUGAACCUGAACACAAACAUGCCGUUCUCUCCAGUCAGCGAAGUCACGUGUCACGCCCCUACACCUGAGGAGGAAGUGGAUGCCGUCACAGACCCAGAUGAGUUUGAUCGUAUUUACGAGCCUCUGGACGUGAAGAGUAAGAAGAUCCAUGUGGUGGACAGCGGCCUGACCUACAACCUGCCCUACCCUCUCAUCUUGCGUCCGCAGCGUGGCGUUGACCUCAUCAUCUCCUUUGACUUUUCUGCGCGACCCAGCGACUCCAGCCCUCCAUUCAAAGAGCUUCUGCUGGCGGAAAAGUGGGCUCGAAUGAACAAGCUUCCGUUCCCCAAGAUCGACCCCAGAGUCUUUGACCGCGAGGGUCUGAAGGAAUGCUACGUAUUCAAACCAAAAAAAGGGGAAAAGAACUGCCCAACCGUCAUCCACUUUGUCCUGGUCAACAUCAACUUCAGGCAAUUCAAAGCACCUGGUGUUCCCAGGGAGACUGAGAAGGAGAAAGAGUUGGCUGAUUUUGACAUCUUUGACGACCCCGAGUCACCAUUCUCCACUUUCAACUUCCAGUACUCCAACGAGGCCUUCACCAGACUUCAUAACCUGAUGGAGUUCAACACUCUCAACAACCUGGAGGUGAUCAAAGAAGCCAUCAAGGACUGCAUCGUAUCCCGGAAGGAGAACCCCUUGUGCCGCUCCCUUCCUUUCGCCCUCAGUGAGAUCCCAAAAAAGAAAUUUCUCAAAAGUGAUCCUCGGGUAAAACCGUGGAAUCUUUUGGGAAACGAUAACCAGUAACUUGAUCUUGAACUUGAAGACUUAAAGUGGACUUUAGGGUUUUUUUUUUUUUGUUGUUUAGAUUCUGUCUUAAAGUAAAGCAUUUUCUUUUUGGAAAAUGCCAUCAUGUUGAUCUCUUUUCUAUAUGUAUACUUUUUUUAUCACACUUUUAAUUUUGUAAACAACCUUAACGUUUACUGGUAAAAGCCUUUCAUAUACAAGAACGUGUGGCUUAAUGCACCAACGUGGCUACUGGGGAAACUGUUGGUGUCUACUGACCACAAACAGCUGAUAAAGACUGGAUCAACAUGUACUGAGCGCUGCAGCUAAUGUCUGGCUGCAUCACAAACAACAGAAGAUUGUUUGAGUAGUUUCUUUAUUUUUGGGGCAUUUCCUACGUAUCUCAAACUGUACCAUCUCUUUGUUCUUCAUGUUUGAAAGAAAUGUUCCAUUCAAAUCCAUGCGCUCAUUCACUUGCCUGUCAUUCAUGAUGUGAAUGUGGACGCCUCUUGGCUUCGGUUCAUGCUGCCUACAGCAACGCUACAUUUGCAUCUUCGCUCUCUGAGUUGUGCUUUGCGUUACGUGAAUGCUCUGUAAAAAGCCUCACCUGUACUGUACCUGUUAGCUGAACUUUCCACAUUGAAUGCGCGACUACAGAGCGUGCAAAUGGUCGUGUUUUUACUAUUUUUUUUUUCUGCCGGGUGGCUCGUCUAAACAUGUAAUCCUUUUUUAGAACAUGGAAGAGGAGCUUGUAACCAUUGGUUUUGUUUGAUGACAACUCCUAAACACGCCGAGUGCAUCCCGUCUGGAUACCUCAAACAUCUCAAUGAUGCUUUUCCACCUACAGGGAAGGAGCACUCCCUGCUCUCCUGCAGGGAGUGUCUCAUAUUAAAGCCACCAUUUUGGAAAAACAAAACUCGACACCAUAGAAACAGCCCCACUUCUUCGCCCUCUCCCACUAUGCUUCUCUCCAUUGGGAUAAAGGUGUGUUUAUUUUUCCUGACCGUGUUGUUUCAGACUGCAUUUGAUACACAAGCACAGUUUGUUUUUCUCAGGCCAUUUCCUCCUGCAGCUAAUCCAAACUUGCCGCAGGACUCUUCAAACGCCACCUCCCCCCCUCCCUCCUGUACAGUGAAGUGGAGCUUAGGUCAGAGCGAGGGAGGUCUGGGUGGAGGGGUGAGUGCGAUCACGAGACCCGCUCGCACCUGAAAACAGCGGCUCUCGGCGGCGUUCAGUGAAAUUUUACACACUACACCUACACCUGCAGCAGUGGAGGCCUGGAAUCUGACACACUGCACCAAUACCUGCAAGGGCCCUGGCAGAGCUCACACACAGAGCAGUGGAAUUUUACACUGAAGCACUUUUGACCCCUAUUUGCUCAUGUUUCAGCCCUGCCGCUAGAAACUGAGAACACAAACAAAGAAAUAUUCUGGAAUUUUACUGCAGGGAUUCGCGACCGGCGAACCUUUGCAACUUGCAGCUUUAUGUUGAUUUUUUUUUGUUGUUUUUUGGCAGAUCGUUUGUGUCUGUAUUUGCAUGUUUUCCUGUAGCAUCACAGCAUUCCUUUGUGUUUGAGGGAAGCAUUUGUAUGCUUUCAUUUAUUUGUGGCUGAAUGAGGUUGAAGUUCAAGUUGUGCCAGCAGUCAGUUGGCUUAGCUCGGCACGAAGACCACGAACAGGGGGAAACAUCUAACUUGGUUUUGUCCAAAUGCAUCACAAUUAAAAUGUAUUAAAAUAACAAACAUAAAACAAGGUAUGAGUUGCAGGUAAGAGCAUUAUCUUACCUUUAGAGACAGGCCGCCAAGCUGUUCCACCUUGUUUCCAGUCCUUAAGCUAAGCUAAACUGUAACAGACAAGUAUGAGAUCGGCAUCAAUGUUUUCUUUGAGGUCAGUUCACAGAAAAAGCAUAAUUUAUGCAUAUGUACAAAAUGUUGAAAUGCUCCUUUAAGACAAAGUUUAUACUAAGUAUUGAUCAUUUUAUGGCGACAUCUUGUCAGUCUCUGUGCCAUCAAGUUAUAUUUUUAUUUACUUUGAAGCAUUAAGUUUGUUAGUUUAGAAAGCAUACAUGAGUUGUAGUCAUUUUAGCUUUUAAUGUUUUUUCUCAUAUCACAUUUUUAGGAUCUUUGUUAAUGUUUACAGAUAUUUGAUAUGCGAAAUUUUUUGCGAAUCAAGACGUACAUAAAUGCUCCUGUGAUCGUUGACUGUAUUAUAACUGGCAGAACGCCAUGCAAAAUGUUUGUGUGCAUCGUAAAAGGAUGAUAAUAAAAGAGAGAAUUUAU